ACCCUUCCAACCUACCAGAAAAUCCUGUCGCUUCAUUCCUCCGACUCUCCCUAAACCCCAUCCUGGUUGACUUCCCGCCAGCGACCCCACCCCCUUUCAAAUCCCACCGCUCCUCCUUCAAGCGCCACGUGUCCUCCACCUUCACAUCCGCCGGCUGUGGGUUCGGCACGCAGUACACCUCAGAAGACGGCCUCACCGAAUCACCGGAAUUCGAGUGGCAGAAAGAAGACAAGUGGCACGUCAUCGCCAAGGUCCGCGACGACACGCCGCGUCACAAAAUCUACAACUCCUCCCUCUCCGGCGAUUCCGACAACGACCUCUUCCCUCCGCCGCACAUGGCGGCAAAAAAGAAACGGCGGAGCAAAAAAAAGAAACCGACAACACAACACCGUAUCAGUACUUCGUCGGCCAAGAGUGGACUGUUUAGCGACGAGAGACACGAAGAAGAAGAGACCGAAACACUAGUAUCAUCUUCUAGAAGCUUCUCAAUUGACUCGUCUCGCGAGACACCCAUUUCACGAAAUCACAAGAAGAAGUUGAAGAGAGCAAAACGCAGCGUUUCGCAAGGAGGGAAGAUGUGGUGGCCGGAGAUUGAGUCGCCGGCGAGGUUGUCGGUGUUGAAUAAGCUGAUACCGUCGUGUGCGGUGGAGGGGAAAGUGAAGGAGAGCUUCGCGGUGGUAAAGAAAUCGGAGGACCCAUAUAAGGAUUUCAAGAGAUCGAUGAUGGAGAUGAUAUUAGAGAAGCAGAUGUUUGAGGAGAGAGAUUUGGAGCAGCUGUUGCAGUGUUUUUUGUCGCUGAAUUCGCGUCAUCAUCACAGGGUAAUUGUCGAGGCUUUUGCUGAUAUUUGGGAGACAUUGUUUUGUAGUUCUAGUAGAAUUUCCACUCAUCAUCAUCAUGGAGUUUCUUUGAAUGCUUUUUCAAGUUCUUGAUAAUUGUUAAUUAAAACGAAACAUAUUAAAAAAAUAAAAUAAAAAAAAAAUUUACUAGUUUUGUGUUAUUAAUUAUU